AUGAGCGUUGCAAUUGGACACGACAAACAAGAAGCGGACGAAGGAUACGAGUUGCUACUCAAGAAAGAUGUUUCAUCGGAAAAUGCUGACACUCUCACUGUUACACCACGUCAAUUGCCAUCAGUCAGCUUUCCUGACGAUGACAUCGAUGAGGACAAAUCAACAACAACUAAACCUACUGUACUUCAAAAUCGACAGCAGACAAGACGGGCAUCCGAGUGGUCUCGCGCACCAGGAGAAGCCCAAACCAAGCGCAAAAAGCAUCUCAACUCUCUCCUAUCUGCGACCGCCUUCCCACUCUUCAUGGCAAUCCUCGUCACAGUCAUCAAAGAUGGACGCAACUACACAUUCUACACUACACUCAUGCCUCUACUCUUCUUGAGUCUUGUACUACAAAUAGCCAUCACAAUCGGAAUUGUCGUGAGAAACGGUAUGGCGCAUACCGAACAACCUCUGGACGUCGAGGCUGCAGCUGUUAGUCUUGCGAAAAGACGACGGAUGGUAAAGCUGAAAGCUCGAUUUGACUUUGCUUUACAGAUUGCCACUACGCUUUCUGUUGCUCUCAAUAUGGCGGUUCACGCAUUUUUUGCUGCUCGCGUGUUGGAAACGGAUGGAGAGACAUCAACAGACAACGCUAGCAACCAUUGAAAUCAAUGCAAAUAACGCAUUACUAACUAGACUGCUAGUCUGUCAAAAACGAGCUUUCAGAACGCAGGACUAAUUUUAUUAAUUAAAUAUUGGUGCGGCACGUGCUCUUGCAGGAGCCGCAUUAGCUAUAGCUACACUACACGUACAGUUUGUUAUUAGCUAAUUACUUGAUGUCUUUCUAGCUAACAAACGACGUCACCAGUGCAUGUAUAUGUACGAAAGAUGCGAGCAAUGGCGAAACGCCUACAACAUGCGAAAUAUCAUACAGUG